CAUCAAGGCUUUGAGUAGGAUACAAGGAGGAGAGCCUGGAACUUCUCAUGGAUUGAUUUUCCUCUCUCCAACAUAAUUAGAUCGUUGCUUUGCUUGCAAGGGGGCAAGUCCAGCAGUGACAGAGGCUGCCAACCAUUCAGGAUGGAGAUUCAAUGGAAGAGGUGGUCCUCCUUAUUCUGGCUGAUCAUUCUGGGGAUAUUUGUUCUGACAGAGACCCAGGCAGAGCUUCACAGCUUGGAGAUGCAGAUAACUGUGAUGGCCUCUCCUGAGAGCCGUCCAGACCUCUUACUCAAUGCCUGUUUGGAUGACCAUCUGAUUGUCUCCUAUGAUAGCCUCAGGAAAGAUCUGAUCUUUAAGCUGGAUAGAAUCAAUGGACCCAUGCAGAACUUUCUGGUCCAGAAGAACCGAGAAGAACUAAUGCGAUUAGAGGUUGAAGUCGAUAGAAUCCUGAAGGACAAGACAAAGUAUUACAACUGGACCGAGGGGACCCACACAGGACAGGCCAUUUUGAGCUGUGAGACUGACAGGGGCAUCCUUGUGAGUGGUCGAGUGGGUGUUGCCUUUGAUGGUGAAGAUAUCUGCCAACUGGAUUUGAAGCAAGGACAAUGGAUAGUCUUAAAGAAUGAGGCUGAGGACUUCUGUCCAUACCGGAAGGAUGCUUUCUGGGAAAAGGCAAUGAAAGUGGAUUGUCCCUUUUUCCUAAAUCUUCUCUUGCAAAUUGUGCACCUGAAGGAAAAAACACCCCCUGAAGUGACCGUAUCCCGACAUCAUACUCCCGAUGGCAGCAUCAUCUUCUCCUGUUUGGCCACGGGUUUCUACCCUCAUUCCAUCCUUCUGCGCUGGGAGAAGGAUGGGCAGUUGGGUGUGUGGGGGCAGGAGAGUUCCAGUGGCACCUUGCCCAAUGCUGAUGCCACCUACUACCUCCGUGUUACUUUGGAAUUGCCACCAGGGGAUACAGGAAAAGGUUAUGCCUGCUUGGUUGAGCAUAGUGAGCUGGAGAAGCCAACCGUGUACCCUGUCCCUGGAGAGAAGAGCAGGGCCAGGUUCUGGGCCGUGGUCCUGGGUUCCAUAGCAGCUGCUGUCCUCAUGCUGAGCUCAUUGGCAGCUUUCAUCACAUGGAUAAAGAAGACAAGGAGGACUCCAUUGAGUCAACUGGAGUGUUCUUUCCCACCUCUUUCUUCAUCUACUGCUCUGUAGUAGAAGACUAAAGGAGGCCCUCACCACAUACUGUGAGCCAAGCAUAGUCACCUCUAGAUGCUUCCCCAUGUACUAAUGACAAUGAUGACGGCACACAUUUCUCUGGUGCUUUACAGUUUAUAAAAGUUUUCUCACAUGGCACACAGUUCAAGAAGCUUUCUCUCCCUUUUACAGAUGAGGAAACCAAGGCCCAGAAAGGUUAAGUGACUUGCAAAAGGCAAACAGAAAAUUCUGGAAUUAGAACUUGAAUCCAGGUCUUCUGGUUCUAGAUCUGGUGAUUUUCCCCCCCAUCAUAUCCAAUCCUGUCUUUUCCCCUGGUAGUGGGGAAGGAUUUAGGGAAGAGGGAACGAAGUUACAUCCCUCACCCGCACCUUCAUCCUCACCAUCACCAUCAUCCUCACCAUAAUCCAAACUGGGUCUGUGUUUGUGAAGGAGGGACAUAUCCUACUCUCUGAAUGCAAAGCAUCUUUUAGGAAUCUGCCAAAUAUCUGUGGCCACGUAUUCCACUUGCAUCUCAGCUUCCCUGGGCAAUGAGAAUAUUUAAUUGUAAUCUGGAGGUGGCUGAAUUAGAGAGAGAGAGGACCUGGGGGAUUGCUCCAGAUCUAGCAGAGGAUAUGAAGCAGCAUCCCCUUGUGGAAUGGAAACAUCGAAUCAUUAUAUCGUUGUGACUGUCUUCUACUACCAUCUAACCUUUCAGAACAAGGAGAAUGAGACAUAGUUGCAGUGAGUAACCAGAUUAGCUGUACGUUAGGCCAACAGGAAGGUGAAGAAAGAGAAGCAGGCUAGUGCAUUUAGAAGCUGGAUUAUAGCAGUCUGUGCUAUCAUGAUGAUAGGAUGCUAUUAUGUGAUAGAUACAUACAUUUCCCAGUGUCACAGAAAAUUAGGAACUUUUUGCUUGGUGAUCAUGCUUUUUUGGGGUUGCUAUUUUAAUUAAUUAAUUAUUUU